ACAACAUACUAAAUAGACAUGAAACUUAAAAGCCGUGGAGCGGGAACUUUGGGUGUUGAUGAAGCUAUGGAUUUUGAAUGCAAGGACGUUAACAUUUGGAAAGAAGCACUCUCUACAUACCCAUCACAAGUCCAAUCUCUUUCUCUCACAAAGAAAAAACCCGAUCUAGUUUCUCUCAACCAAUUCUACUGCAACGAACUCCCUUCUCUCAUUCACCAACGAAACCCUAACCCUUUCAUCACCACUCAAGAACUCUCCAAACUCAUGCAAUGGAAACUCACCCGUGGAAAAUGGAGGCCGCGUUUGUUGGAUUUUGUUUCUUCCAUUGAUGACGCUGUUGUGAAAAGUGCUUCUGAGAAAGCUUUUGGGAGUCUUCCUGAUCUGUCGAAAGCGGUUUCGGAGUUAUGUGUGUUGAAAGGAGUUGGGCCUGCUACUGCUUCUGCUGUUUUGGCGGCAUUUGCUCCCAACUUGACUCCUUUUAUGUCUGAUGAGGCUAUGCAGGCUGCUCUUGGAAACUCAAAAGAUUAUACACUGAAGCAGUAUCUUAUAUUCGCCAAUAAACUGCAGGAGAAAGCAAAGGAACUAAGUUCAGAAGAGACUCCCUUUACCCCAUCUGAUGUAGAAAGGGCUUUGUGGAGUUGUGCUAUAGCGAAGUCAUCAGCACCUAAAUCCAAUCAGGACUCUAAGACCAAUCCAAGCAAAAGCUCUAAAAGAAAGAGAAAAACUUGACAAAAAACCAGACGGAUUAAUCAAAGGAGUACCAAGUGAUGUCUGUCCUCAUUAUGCUGUGCCAGUUUAUUGGGGAUAUGUAAUUGUAUGAUAUUUAGCAUGUUUUUGAGAUUGUGGAUAAUUGGUCUAAUGUUAUCCAAUGACUUUCCUUUUGUGUACCA